AUGCUCGGCAAUGAGUUCUGCGAGCGAUUCUCGUUCUAUGGCAUGAAAGCCAUACUAACCAUUUACUUCAUCUACGAACAUGGCUAUAGUGACAGUUUUGCCACGUUCGUAUAUCAUGCUUUUACUUGUAUAGCAUAUCUAACGCCACUCGCCGGAUCGAUUCUCGCCGAUUCUUACUUGGGAAGGUUCAAGGUGAGAGCUCUUUAUCGAAAUGUCUACCAAAAAUUCCAAAAGUCCAUCGCGAAACUGGGUGAGAAACUCCCGCAAAAGAUCACUCUUGAUUUAAAAUCGUUUUGUGCCAUCCAUAUCCAUCGCAUUCAGGUCAUCCUUUACGGUUCGUCUAUUUACGUCCUCGGCCAUGUGCUGCUUUCAUUCGGAGCCGUGCCGACUCUCGACAUAGCUAUAAGGACAUUGUUUGACUUUGGCGGAUUAUUUGUGAUUGCUGUGGGUACAGGGUCUAUCAAGCCGUGUGUAUCAGCUUUUGCUGCCGAUCAAUUUUUUGGAAACCAGAUUGACCUGCGUGCGCAGUUCUUCUCCUUUUUCUACUUCGCUAUCAAUGCUGGAUCACUAUUCGCCAUACUCCUAACACCAAUCCUUCGCGGUCGAGUUAGCUGUUUUGGAUCGCAGUACUGCUUCCCACUUGCUUUCGGUGUUCCUGGAGUGCUGAUGGUAAUCGCACUGUUGUUCUUUCUUUCUGGAUGGAAAAUGUACAAGAAACACCCACCGAGCCACGAGAACAUCGCCAGCGAGGUGGUCGGUUGCAUCGGCUUGGCCUCAGCAAGAACGCUAUUUCGGCGUUCGGCUAAACCUGUAUCACAUUGGCUAGACAGGGCAGCACCGGAACACUCGCCGGAAAUGAUUGAAGCCGUUCGCUCCCUCGUUAAUGUCGCGGCCAUUUUCGGGCCACUCGUCUUCUUCUGGGCCCUCUUCGACCAACAGGGUUCUACAUGGAUAUUACAAGCACGUAGACUCGAUGGACGGAUCGGAUGGAUCAACGCACUUCCUGAGCAGAUCAAUAUACUCAACCCUCUGAUUGUGAUUAUUAUGGUACCAGUGUUUGAAGGCAUAGUCUAUCCUUUCGUCAGGAAGGUAAGCUAUGGUUAUUUCUCGCUGGAUUUUCUCGUAACGAAGUGA